AGAGAGAGAAACGUGAAAAUACUUUUCACUUUCAUUCCAUUCAUUUUGCUCUGAAUUGUUCAUUGUCGUUUUUCGAAGAAUCAUUUUGAUUAACUUAUUGCGAUUAUUAAUUAUCAAUUAUCGCGAUGAUGAUGAAUAUUCUUAUCAGUUUUAUGAUUAGCAUCGUUAUUCUUCAAUCAACAACAACAAUAACGAUGGUUGAAUCAAUUUCUGCAUAUUGGACACCAAUAUUGCCAAAAGUUUGUUCACCCAAUAUAUCACGGAAUAUAACACAGGCAUUAUUUGCCUGUGAUAAACUGAUGGAUCAACAACUUUCAAACAUAUUUGAUGAUUGUGUUCGAAAAGUAAAUCCACAGAUAAAAUCGGAAAAACUUUCUCGUCCAAAAUUAUGUUAUUAUCUUAAACAAGGAAUGCAAUUAGAUCAAUGUAAAAUUGCACGUUAUCAAUCCGAAGGUAUUACAUUACCCGAAUUAGUUGAUCGUGAACAAGAUCAUACAUGGUGUUUAAUGAAAAUUGCACAACCACUUGGUUGGGAAAGACUUUGUUCCGAUCGACAGGAUGAUAUUCAAUUUAUAAUGGCAAAACAACAGGCCAUUCAGAAUUGUGAACAUCGUUUCAAUGAGAUAACGACACCGAUACGUGAUUGUUAUCGACAUCAAGUACAACCAUAUCAACAGAAUCAUGGCGGCCAAUCUUCGUCAUCAUCAAAAACUGCUACGAAUCAUAAUCGAGAUCGAUAUCGACCAGCUGCAUGUUUAUCAUUUCAAUAUUCACGAAAGAUUUGGAAAUGUUUAGCUGAAAAAGAUGUUAAAAAUCAACAAUCAAUGCAUCGUACUGCAAAUCUAUACAUUUCUUGUUUACGGUCGAUUCGUUCAUCAUCAUCGAUGAUGAUGGCUUGAAUUUUAUUCAUCAAAAAUCAA